AUGGAGGCGCACCCGGAUUACUUCGACAACGUGGCAUCUUCUAACCUCGAAUGUUGCGAUCAACUUUGUUCGAGCGUGGCCUGCAACAAGAGCUAUGGGGUUCCCCUCAGCAAGCGAGAUGCCCUGGGCUCGACGCAACAGGAGUGCUGCAAGCCCCUGUGCUCCAAGCACGUUUGCAUGGGAAGUUGGGCCACCGAUCCCAAGAAGAAGAACCAGGCUGGAAGCAGCAACGAGGAAUGCUGCACACCGUCUUGUGCGGCGCUGGCUUGUGACAGCUCCAAAGGCUACAAAUACCGCCUCGAGCGUCAUGACCGAGCGCAGCCCGCGAAGAAUCCGGAAGACUUCUGCUGUGAGACUACCUGCGCGUUCUUCAAGGACCAGUGUGGACGCGGUCAAGGCAUGGAUGAGGCGGAUGAGGUCAAGAUGAAGCAGUCGGCCACCGCCACUGACUUUCGUGGCAAAUGCUGCGAGCCAGUGUGUUCUGGAGUCACGUGCCCUGCGGGCUAUCUUCAUCACCCGACGAAGACCUCAUACCUCGUUUCCAAGGCACAUGGAUGCUGCCUGCCUACUUGCAAAGCCUUCAAAUGCUCACCUGGCUGGGUAAAGAAUUCAGUGGCUGAGCCCUUCGUGUCAGCUUCUUUGAGAGACAAAGAUUGCUGCCUCGAAACCUGUGCCCUGCACAACUGUGGUGCUGGCUGGUUCAACAGCACUCAGAAAAGCAAGCUGUCGAAAGUAGCUGCCUCGGAUAAAGCCUGCUGCGAUUCCAGCUGUCAGGGAUACCAAUGCCCUGCAGGCCAAGUCUUGCGCUCUGGCGCUAUGAACAUCUCCAGCCUCAACGCGGAUGCCUGCUGCGAGUCAAGGGGCCUGAGUGACAGCGAAUCGGUCCAGUCGGACUUGGACGAGUCAACCACGGGCAGCGCCGACGGCGCGUUGCCUAUGCAAGACUCGAAUGUCAGACAAAAGGAUCCGCCUACAAGUCUAAGUUACAAGGCAAAGGAUCCUGACAGCUUCGCCGACUUUUCCAUCGUAGAUGACUCGCCUAAGAAGGAUUCGGAUCAGCCCCUGUCGUCAAGCCGGGAGCCCACGGAUGCAGAGAAGAAGGUGCUCCGGCAGUUCCGACACCACUGGACGGAGCAACGGGCAGAGAUCGAGCGGGUAGCCAGGCAUAGAGAACUCGAGGAGCUGCUGGAGCGCACGCACGAGCAGAUGCGUAAAGAUACGUUGCGAAUCGAUGCGUUGCCAGCCAACCGCUACGGCACCGACACACGCCUGCCCCACUUCAACAAAGAUGAGCAUGUUCCUGUACUGGCGCUUAUCAACCCCUUUGCAGGUGCCAUGGCCGGAUCAGAUAUCUUGUCCAUUGCGAGGCAGACACCUUACUAUCAGGACCGUUUUUUCAACAUCAUCGACGUGGUGCGCGACCAGCGCCGCGGCGGCCUGUUGGAUCUGUUGCGCCGGGAGCUCUGCGCUGCCAAAGCAGAAGCCAAAGCCUUGGGGCAUCGGCCGCGAGUGAUCUCAGGUGGCGGUGACGGCACGGCCUCCUUCACUCUCUUCAUGAUCUUCGCCGCGCUGCGAGCCGACGACUCGCGCGCGGACGAGGGCCUGCAAGACACCGGCAAUGGCUUCAUCUGGACGGACCAGGAGAUGGCCGACUUUUUCCCAGCGUUGGCGCAGAUGCCGUUAGGCUCAGCCAACGACUUCGGGCGAACCUUAGGCUGGGGCCGAAAAUACCCGGGAGAUGCCGAAAGCCGCUUCAAGCUAGACUGGAGGAGACAUGCUAAGGAUGCCCUGAUGAAUUGGAUCGAGGCUGCGAUUAGUCCAGAGUCCUCCGUGGUGAAUUUUGAUAUUUUUGGAAUCGUGCCUGAGCCUGGUCAAGAUCGCUGUGACUUCAAGCUCUGCGAGCUUGGAGGUCAUCGCGGCAUGGAUCCCAAGGUGCAACUGGAGGGUGGAGCGAAGCACCUGAUGAUGAAGGAGGCUGGAUUGCCUGUGCCGCUCUUCGCUUGCCUCUACUUUUCAGCUGGCUUCGGUGCCUACAUGACGGCGAGGUUUCAGAUGAACCGACGAAAGAGUCCCAUCAGAAACAAGGUCGAGUAUCUGAGGCAGGCAGCUGGCAUCCUCAUGGAGACCGUGCCUCCACAGCUGCACACGGGCUUAGACAAGGUGCAGAUCUUCUGCGGCGAGGAGCGCUACUUUCCCCCGCGGAGCGAGGAUGGCAGCGGGGGCGAGCGCUACCGGGAAGUGGGCUUCUUGAACAUCAACUGGCAAGCAGGGAUGUUCAACGGUGCCGAGCGCGCACCGUUGGGCGCACGGAUUUGUUCCACUCGAGAGCCAGCGAAGUUCAACGAUGGCAUGAUGGACAUGUACAGGGGAAAAUUCAAAAGCGUCUUGAAAAAUCCGGGGUUUGUCUAUCAAACGGACAAGCGGGAGGAAGGCUUGACCUUGACCUACUCCGGAGAACGUGGCACUGGAAUCUUCUUCCAGUGGGACGGAGAGUCAAGAUUUGCGUUCAGCCCCAGUGGCGAUGAUUUUCACAUCCACAUCCGGAAGAUUCUAAACAUCCCAGUUGUCCUAGGCCCAAAUUACGACCCGCGCGUGACUGGAGAACCCGAGAAUGGGCUGCCGGUGAAGUUCAGUUUCAGCGGGCGCAGUGAUGAGGAAAGGCGCAGCUUUGCACAGAGGGUGUUGAAGGGAGUACAGGGGCAGCUCAAUGAGGAGCUGCUGGCGACCAAUGAAGAAAUGCACAGCAUUGGCUUGCACCUGGAGGCAGAGCAUCUGCCUCCUGGAUAG